AUGAAAAAAACGAUCCGAUCAAUAAUCCUAUGUUUUCGGACCUCAGGGAAGAAGAUAGGCGAGGAGGUGCAGGUUACGCAGACCAUGAAGGAGUUGGUCGCGAAGUUCUCCUCCAGGAUGGGGUGGAUUGACGAUGUCGUACCGGCGGCCUUUCUUGUUGACUUCAUUAGCAAGUAUGUGGAGAGCGAGGCCGUCGACAAUAUCCAGUCGAGGGCAGGGGGCACAGUCACCUUCAUGUGCCACCAGGCCAGGGUGGAUACACUACUCCGGGCCAGUGGAGCUGAGGGCGUCUUCAUCAAGAAACGCAACGUCGAUCCUCUUGAAUUGCUUUGGCUUCCGGAGGACACGAGCUUGAAGAAGGCCCUGGACUACGCGUCGAAGCCGGACGCUAUGGGCCUCGCAGAGAAGGGCAAGACUGGCCGUUUGGCCAUCCGGUUCGAGGACGAGGCCCAGAUGGAAGCAUUUGCCCGGAAGCACAACAUCGACUGCAUCACGGGGGUUGGGCGGUGGAAGGUUACGGGUCUACCAGUAUCCAUGGGCACGGCUGGGAUGAUCGAGCUUCUUAUGGCAUUACGGUGGGAGGUGAAGGAGAUCUUGUACUAUGACGCCAAGCAGACCGUCUUUCUAGCGCAGGGCGUCGGUAACCAUGCUCCAUCUCAUUUCCUCUCGCACGGACAGCCGCGGAGCAUCGAGUUCAAAGCCCCCAACGCUGCGGCCAAGAAGGCUGCGGAGGAGUCGGCUAGGGCAUCGAGGGAUCCAGCACCGAGCACGGGAGCUACCUCAUCGACCCGUGCGGCGAGACAGCUGAACUUCUUCAACGCGGUGCAGCCUGCGUCUAAGGCGUAUGUUGCGCUGAUCCCGAAGGACCCGACUUUCGUGGAGCCGGCGGCUACAGACUGGCCGGGUCGGAGUGCAGAGGCUAUGGCGAUGAGCAUCGCUAUGGAUAUGGAGGCCGUGGCGUACGGUGCUGGAGAGUACGUGGGUGGUAUCAGCUACGACUUCAAAAAGGCGUUCGACCUUAUUCCUAUGGAGAUCGCACUGCAGCUGCUGGUCAGGACGGUGGUUAUGCAAGCUUUGUGGAAAACCGACAAUUAUUCCAUGAGCCCGGCAGUUACUUUUGCCAUACUGGCUCCGGUCUACCUCGACCCGGAAUUUGCGGCAGCGUACGAGGGGCUACGGACGGUUAUGCGCACCAUGCGGAACCCGGAGGUGAACGACGCAGCCAUCGAAGCGAGAGUCAAGAUGGGCGUGCUGAGGCCUAUCGGUCUCUACAGCACCGACGCCACGGUCAGGCAGCGCAG